UGAGAGAAGAGAGAGCAGCGCUGUGAUUCCCUCACUGUCUCUCUCUCUGUCUCUCUCUGUCUCUCUCUGAAGGAAAAGAAAACCCAGGAUGCGUGUUCAGUUCGUGGCGUGCGCGUGCCUGCUGUUCGUGCUCGGCGCGCCGGUAUCGGACGGCGCGCGCGUUCCCGGCUGCCCCGACCGCUGCGACAAGUCGGCGUGUCCGCCGAUUCCCGCCGACUGCCUGGCCGGAAACGCGCUCGACCGCUGCGACUGCUGUCCCGUGUGCGCCUCGGGAGAGGGCGAGCAGUGCAACGCCUCGAGCGACUGCCCCGAGGGCCUGCUCUGCUCCGUAACCGACGGCGUGGUGCACAGCGCCACCGUGCGAAAGCGCGCAAAGAGCGGCGUGUGCGUGUGCGAGAGCGCCGAGCCCGCGUGCGGCAGCGACGGCGUGACGUACCGCAACGUGUGCGAGCUGCGCAGGGCGAGCGGGAGCGCGCGGCGUCUGAACCAACCGCCUGUCAUCGUUGUGCAGAGGGGCGCGUGCGGCAAAGGUCACGACGGGAAUCCUGACAGCCUGCGUCACAGAUACAACUUCAUCGCCGACGUGGUGGAGAAAAUCGGGCCGGCUGUGGUCCAUAUCGAGCUCUUCCGCAAGAUGGUGUUCACUAAGCGGGAGGUGGCUGUGGCUAGCGGCUCGGGCUUCGUCGUGUCCGAAGACGGUCUGAUCGUCACCAACGCUCACGUAGUGGCCAAUAAACACCGCGUCAAAGUGGAGCUGAAGUCGGGAGCCACGUACGACGCUAAAAUCCAAGACGUGGACGAGAAAGCCGACAUCGCCCUCAUCAAGAUCGACACUCCUACGAAGCUUCCGGUGUUGCUGCUGGGCAGAUCGGCUGAUCUGAGGCCCGGCGAGUUUGUGGUCGCCAUCGGCAGCCCCUUCUCCCUCCAGAACACUGUGACGACGGGAAUCGUUAGCACCACCCAGCGCGGCGGCAAGGAGCUUGGCCUCCGCAACUCGGACAUGGACUACAUCCAGACGGACGCCAUCAUCAACUAUGGAAAUUCAGGAGGACCUCUGGUGAACCUGGAUGGAGAGGUCAUAGGGAUUAAUACUCUGAAGGUGACUGCUGGGAUUUCCUUCGCCAUUCCCUCCGACAAGAUCCGCCAGUUCCUUACCGAAUCCCACAAUCGACAGGCCAAAGGAAAAACCACCACAAAAAAGAAGUACAUUGGCGUGAGAAUGAUGAGCCUCACCCCGACUCUUGCUAAGGAGUUGAAAGGGAGGACGGCUGAUUUCCCCGACGUCACCUCCGGAGCGUACGUCAUCGAGGUCAUUCCCAGAACUCCAGCAGAAACCGGCGGUCUUCAGGAAAGCGACGUGAUCAUCAGCAUUAACGGCCAGCAAAUCACGUCAGCCAGCGACGUCAGCGCCGCCAUCAAAAAAGACCACACACUCCGCGUGGUGGCUCGGCGAGGAAACGAGGACGUCAUCCUCACCAUCGUGCCUGAGGAAAUUGAACCUUGACCUCCCACGUCACAUCACGACCCCCUGCUCUACUUUUGAGCCGGUUCCUUAGCUAUCAAACGAAAGAACUCUGACGUUUUCGAUGAGCGUGUAUCAUUUUUCUUGAAAUCUUUACUUUUGUUUGUGUGUCUUGCUUCAAAACCGUCAAAUCUGCAGUCUGCCAUUACUCAGUUAUAAUUAUAAUUAUAUAUAUAAAUAUUAAAAAAGCAUCACGUAUCACCGGAAGAGAGUCUGUUUUAUAAAGCCAGGAGCUCUGCGCUGUGUGUUAUUUGUUUGUUCAUGUUUAUACUCGUACGUUACACUUCACAUGACCGCGUCAGAAUAAUAAGCGGGGUCAUGCUGGAGUAAUAUUCAUUCCUGAAUAUUUGAACAUUGUAGGAUUUAAUUGCAUUAACGGAGAUUCAACUAGCAUGAAGUGUUGGUGUUUGUGUAGAUCGGACAGAAAUGCACAUUCACGAUGUUAUUGAUUUCAGCUUCGUGUUAAUUCAGGCUUUAAUAAUCAGAAUAACUGACGGAGACCGGGUGGUUAACGUGUGGAUGAACUUGUACAGAACAGGAGACGUUUCAAAUAAAAGUUUCUUGGUACUCGGA